UGCGGUUUUGACAGGAAAACUCGAUUUUUCAGUUUCAGCGGAAAAACUCAUAUUUUGGUUUCUGUGAGAUAAUUUAUUUUUACGGUUUUGGCGGAAAAAACGUUUUUUGCAAAUUUUAUAUAAUUUAAUUAAAUGGUGAAAAUAUAAUAAUAUAACUGAAAACCCAUAGGUACACCAUUACCCUUUUAUAUUUACCCAAUAUAAAUAUGGGUUUCAAAAUUAAUACCCAUGAUCGACCCAAUAAAUCUUAGACGGGUAAAAACCCAACCCAUUAUUAGUGAGUUUGGGUAAACCCAUGGAUAAUUACCCAUGUUAACAUCCCUACCCUACAGCGGUGGUUAUGAUCUCGCAGUACAAUGGGCAAUUCUCAUCUCAGGUUAAAGCCCUUAUGAAGCUCAUCCUCCAGGUCAUUACGUACAAUCUUUGGCGAGAGCGUAAUGCUCGCAUCUUCCGGGGCACAUCUCUUCAGCAAGGGACCUUCUUCAAGCAGGUGGACAGGGGACUUCGUGACAGGCUGAUCUCCAUUCAUCCAAAUCCGACUGAUGCUCACUCUCUUCUCGAGUUGUAUUUCUGGUUCAUUGACCCUUAUAGUUAACUUGUUUUGGUGCUCUGUCUCCUGUCUCUUUUCUUUUCCUUCGCUAUGUAAUAAGUUGCUCUUGCGACAUUGUUAAAACGAAAAAAUCGGUAUAAAAUUUAACAUUUGUACCCAAAAAAAAAAAAAAAAAAUCUAUUUGAUCUGUAUAUCAUAGUGUGUGAAAUUCACAAUCCCUAAAGGCGUCCAAACCACCUACAAGACCCAAAAGACAUCUCAGAAAUGUUAUAUCGGAUGUUACAAACUAACGGAGGGAUCCCCCCUAUAACAAUUACAGAAAAGCAAAGAGCUCGUAGCUCAACUCUUAAAACGUAAUAACGACACAUGUAUAUGUUGUCCACCAAAGGAUUAAAGAUUCAGGUUAGCAUUGACAAUUCCAACCCAGAUAAACGCGCUAAGAGUCGACUUGCAAGAUCCCAUCCGGAGCAAGCUAAUCGCUUUCUUAAAAGAAAACAUCAGCACAUUCAGGUGGUAAACAAAUGAUAUGCCUAGGAUGACCCCACAUAAUAGCUCACAAUCUAAUUUUUGAUCCUACGUAUAGUACUGUCAAUUCAGAGUAAUCAGCAGAUUAUUAAUCCGCACCGAGACAGUUUUUGUAUUUUCCGUAUUAUGGCAGUUUAGUCCGCGGUGGACUACGCUACACAAAACUAAAAUCCUAAUCCAAACCAUUUAAAGUUUGCGGACAUGGGGAUCGAUCCGCGGACUAUAUUUUAAUCAUAACAAACAAUUUUCAUGUUUGACUUAUCUUAUGAACCAUUAGACAUAGCUAAAAUUUAAUGUUAAUAACAAUAAAUAAAAAACAAAUAACAAUUCGAAAACAUAAACAUGCUUGUCAAUAGGUCAAUAACUACUGAUAAGCAUAUGCAGUUACACAGACGAAAAUAUAUGAUUCCCUACAUGUUUAUGUGUGAAUAAAGUAAACUUUAAAGAAGAUACAAAAAAAUAACAAACACGAUUCAACAUUAAAAAAGAAAGGUAUUGUUGAAUGUAAAUUCAAAUAAUACAAAAGAGACGAAGUGUUGGCAAAUAUAAAAUUGGAGCCGUAACGUGAAGUGAAUCAUAUUAGUCAAAACCAUAUAAUUAAAAAAAAUCAUUUAAUUCUUAAAACCGCGGUUAAGUCCAUAAACUGCAUGUACCAAUCCAUCACGAACCGAAAAUCACGGUGGUCUCAAUCCACUAGACCGCUUAUUUAUAUUUCGGACCAGAGUACAAUCCGCGGACAUAAGUCUGAAUUGACAGCUCUACCUAUGUAUAAACAUAUCAAACAAAAAUGUUGCAAACUAGGUUCGGAUGCACCAAGGCAAUACAUGACGAAGUAGAUUGGCUAUUAAAGGUUGGCUCCGUUCAUGAAGUUACAUACCCCAAAUAGCUCGCCAACCCUGUAGUCAUCCAAAAAGAAGAAUGGAAAAUAGAGAAUCUGCAUCGACUUCACAUACCUCAACAUGGAUUGCCCAAAUGACAUUUUCCACGUUCUCAUAUUGAUCAGCUCGUAGAGGCUACGGCCGGUCACCAACAGUUAUCUUUCAUGGAUUUAUUCCUGGGCUAUAAGAAAACAAGAUGAACCCCAAGGAUCAAGAGAAAAUAAUGUUCACACCGACCGUGGUACCUACUGUUACAAAGUGAUUCACUUCGGUCUAAAGAGCCCCGGAGCAACUUACCAGAAGCUGCUGAAUAAAAUGUUCGCGAAUCAGCUCAAAGCUAUGGAAGUCUACCUAAACAACAUAUUGGUCAUGUCUAAUAAUUGACUGACCACCUCAAUCAGUUACAGGAAUGUUUCAUAAUCCUCAAUAAAUACAAAAUGAAAUUAAAUCCAGCGAAGUGCACCUUCAGAGUUCUCUUUGGUGAAUUUCUCGGAUACCUAGUAACAGAGCGAGAAAUCGAACUAAUAUUCAGGUUUAUAGUUCUUGUCGAGUUCAUAGUUUAUACAAGUUAUUUCUCUUCAAUAGUAAUCAAUUAUUUUAUCUCUCAAUAAACGUUUUUCAAAUAACUUACCUCCAAAUUCGUGUCUAUUUCGGGUGCGUACCGAAUUCGAAUUAAAUAGUUGCAUUUCAAUUUAUGCAGCUGGAUUUCACCUGAAGCAUAUAAUUCUCCGACUAUGAGAUCUCAUAUCAAUUUGUUUCGUUACUAGAUUACACACUAGUUUUAGUUCAGAAAUAAUGUACCAUGGUUAUCAAAGCGUAACUGAAAACCUCUAUCAAUAUCCAAUUUUGCUACAAGUCGUUGGACCUAUAGUGCAUAGGUUCAUCAUAUAUUCAGUAGACAUUGCAAAAAAAAUUACUUACAGAUCAUCAAUACAUGCAUAGGUUCUCUUGAAAGAGUAAUACAUAGCAUGUACUAGACCUUAUGUUACCUAGAUCAUAUGCAUAAUUAAUCUGAAUCAAUAUAUGCCACUUCUGAACCACAGUCAUGACCUCCAAACAAAAUUACAUAGUUAGAUUAGAUAUACAUAUUACUCAAUUCUUUCUUAUUUUGAUAAUGUUUAUUUUUAAUUAUAAAACAAAUAUGAUAAAACAUAAAUCUAGUUCAGAUAACUAUAUGAUAGUCAAUUCGUCAAAUUUUUGAAAAUAUAUGUAUAUAUAUUGUACCAAAAAACAAAACAAAACAAAACAUAAUUCCAACAUAAAUCAGAAAAUCCAAAUAGUUCAAAUAACGUUGACAAUAAUUUGAUAAUAAAACCAGUGACGAUAGUUCAGUGCCGUUUGAGAGAAAUUAAAAUUCAAUGCAGCGAAAUUCUAGUUUGAUCUCCACUAGUCACCCGAACUGCUUUAAAUGGUAAGAAUAUGUGGUUGCUGCGGACUUUGUGGGAUUAGUUGGUGGAUACCGGUCGCCGGAUCCCCACGGUUAUCAAAAAAAAAAUUGAUAGCAAAAUAAUAAAAAUAUAAAGAUCAAAAUAAAUAAUAGCUGUUAUGUUUGGUUUUCAUUUUUUUGCAUUGGUAUUUUUUAUUUAAUUUUUUCUUUUAUGGACGAUUGAUUUUUUUGCAAUUUAUUUGUUUCUGUGACAGAUUAUAAAAUACUUUAACAAUAGUUUGCAUGUUCUAAUCUUGUUCUUUGUUAAAGACCAAGUUGACUCUAUACGAAUUUUUAUUGUGUAUUCAAAACCAUCGAAUAAGUUACUUUUUUUAUUUUAUCGCUGGACUGUAUUAUUAAGUCUUAUAGUCAAAAAGUUCUAAACAAUGAGAAUUAUCAAAACAAAAAAGUAGAAAAAGGAUACACCAGUAGGAAUCCAAAGUAAACUAACAACACAUCUUGCAUAUGAAUGACUAAAAAUUUUCAUAUAAAAACUCCAUAUUGCUUUUGGAGAAGCUGAAUCUCAAGAGAGAAAAUCUUCGUAUUAAUCCAAAAAUACUUAUAAAAAACUUAAAAAUAUUUCACUUAUCACUUAUCACUUAUCACGUCUCUCCAUACUAAAGUCAACUUUCUUUUUCUUGUGUUUUUGAUAAAUUCUAGUUUUUACACUAAUAUAUUAUUUUAUUACAAGUGAUAACAACAUAUCUUAUAGAUGAUUGGACAACCGUAAUUCUAUCUAUUUUAUCAUGAUGAUUCACAUUUCACAGUUUUUAUUUGCACUAUACUGAAAAUCUGUUUUAAAAGUUUAUACAUUAUUGUUUGUAAAUCAGUUUCUUUUUUCUUUUUUUUUUGAACACCUAAAUCAGUUUCUUUAAAACUCGAAAUUCACAUAUUUUAGGUGUUUGUGCGGCGGCUUUUGUAGCACCGGCACCCAGAUUUCUCUUCUAUAACUUUUUUUUAGUAUUAUAUUUUCAUCCUUGUUGUUCUUUUCUAAGUUUUCAGAGAUAUUUUUAUUUUCAACCGGUUUUUGUAAUUAGAAGUAUAUAUGUUUUGCUCCGAUUUUCGUUGUAAUUGUUAUCACAAAUUGUUAACCGGGUUCUAAAAACUAUUUUUAUCUGGGAAAAAAUUUCGUGUACCCAAUGAAAGUGAUUACAGCCCGUUGUGUUGCGGAAAAGCACUUUGAUUGUUAAAAAACACAGAACAAGAUCAUUUUGAUAUCUAUGUAUUGGCAACAGCCAACCAAAUUUCGGUUUGGACUUCAUUAUUGAUUUUUUUUUGUAGUCGUAUUUAUCAGAUCAUAUUUUUUAACUGGUUAAUUUUUUUUUCAAUGGCUUGUUUUAGCUUUUUGAUACGAUGUAUCAUAUCAACUUUUAUGUUAUUGUUUUUGAUAGACAAUAUUAAAUUAAAAAAUAAGACCGAAAAUAAUGUUUUGGUGUAAAAUUAUUAAUGGAUUUUCGGUUAGACCGUUAGACUAAUUAAGACUUCCACGAUAAAUUUCUUGCAAGAUUUUUCUUAUAACACUAAAUAAAUUAUCAAUCUCUUCCAAUAAACAAAAACGAUGGAGCCUGAAAGUCUGAUGGUAUUUAUAAAUCUAUAUAUUCUCAAAUCAAAUUUUGUUAAUAUUUAUGAACCUUUAGGUCAAACUAUCCAUGUGACAAGGCUCCCACUAUAUGAGGAGAUGCCUUGUAAACUUAAAGUGUAUAUCUUGUUUAUUUUCCUGGGGAAAAAGCUUAGUUUACAUUUUAUCCUUUCGGAUACAGAAUAUCUUCAAUGUCAUGCGUCCCAUGUAUGGAUUUAUUUUAAUAUAAUGAUCACAUCACCCACAGCAUUAUUAUCAAAACAUUUGAUAGCUGUUGCAAAAGUCAAUGCUAAUGUUGUAUGGAUUGAAGCAACCGUACAAUAUAUUUCUAGAUAAAGUCAUAUAGGGAGAUCACUUUCAGUUCUUAAAAGCAUCAACUUGAAAGUAUUAGUAGCAUAUAUUAUUACAGUAAAUAUCAAAGUUGACAUUUAAAUAUUUUCCCAGAAAAAAAUAUUUUCUUAAACAAUUUUUUAUUCAUAAUUCUUUUUAACUAUUAUUGAAAUGGCCAAGUUAACCAAAUAGUUUCAGUUUUUUUUUUUUGCCAAAUGCAAAUAGUUUCAGUUUAUAUUUUUUUUUUUGCUAAAAUUUGGCAGUUCAUUUGUUGUAAAACCAUUUUCCUAAUAUUAUUACAUAAUAAUAACUAUAACUGGUAAAUUUAAUAAACAAUAAUAACGUUAAAGAUGAAUUUCUAGAGAUACAAAGAAAAUCGAAUGAUCUUUUGGAUAAAUUUUCACAAGUUUGAUCCAAAUUAAGAAGUAAGCAAAGCAGAUAUCAAAGUGACAUUUUAAUUUAAUUUUAUUUUUGUUUCAAAAACGUAUCAUUCUACGUUUUCAAUACAGUAUAUAUAUUGGUUCUAUUUUCCUUUUUAAAAUAAUCAAUAGUUUUUUUCAAAAAAUAAUCAAUAGCUUUUUUCUUUAAAUUAUUUUCAUUUAAUUAAUUUUAUAUUAAAUAAAAAUAUAUUAAUAUAUUACAAUUUUUUAUUUUGCGUGAAAUAUGCCAAAAUAACAUUUUUUUACAAAAUGGAAGGAAUAUAAAAUUUAAGAUAAAUAUACAAGUAAAAUAUAGUAAAGAAUUUCUAUAUCAAAAUUAUGUUUAAUGUCUACGAAAAAUAUUACAUAGAUAAUUCUACAACCGAUAAUUCAUUACAGAAAUACACAUUUGACUGCACCAAUCUGAGUCAUCAUAUAAGAUUCAUGAUCGAUGGUACACCAUACACAAUGCUAAAGAUCUCUUGUAACAUUUUUCUCCAUAAUCUGCGCAAUUUGCAUUUUCUAAAGUUUGAACCCAUACCUAUGGUAUAAAAUUAUUAAUGAACCCUUACUCAAACCACUGAUCUAAGAGGGCUUCCACAAAUAUAAACAUUUAAAACGUAAAUAAGUAUUUCAAAUACUUAAUUUUAUGCUACUUUGAUAUGAUAUCUAAAAUAAAUAUCUACAACUUAAAUAAGUAUUUUAAAUGCUCAAUUUCAUGUAAAAUUUGUUAUAUUACUUAAAAUAUCCAAAUCAAACCGAUAUAGUUCUUCAAAUCCGGAUGAUAUAUAGUUUCAAAAUAAUUAAAAGUAUUAUUACAAAUUAUAUCUGAACCUAAAUGUUAUUAAUCGAACACAUAAAUUAGGCAUGGGCGUUCAGUUUUUGGUUUGCAUCUGGUUCGGUUCUUUUGGUUCUUGGUUUGGUUCUUUCGGUUCUCGGUUCGGGUCUUUGAGUUUUAGAGAUAUAGGAACUGUUCUUUUUCUAUAAAAUCUGGUUCGGGUCAGGUUCGGUUCUUUUGAUUUUCGGGUCAGUACGGGUAACAAUUAUAAUAACCGACUAAUAUCCGAUUAAUUUUUAGUUUCAAUUUGGUUACAGUUUGGUUCCAAGUUUAUCGGUUAAUUUUGGAUAAUUCGGGGUAAAACAGAUUUUUUGGGUUUUCAGAUGAUAAAUCGGGUAAUUCAAAUGAAUUUUAAUAUUUGGAUAAAACUAAUUGGGUAAUUCAGUUCUUUAGGAUAAUUUGGAUAAUUUUAAAUACUUUAGAUAAAAAAAUAUCCGGGCAUUUCAAAAAAUUUCCAGGUCCGUGUAUAAGUAAUAUGUUUAGAAUAUUAGGUAUUUUUAAUACUAAAUAUAAUUAAUAUUUUUAGGUAUAUAUUGUAUUUCGGAUAUUCGGUACCCAUUCGUUUCUUGGUUCGGUUCCGGUUCGGUUUCAGUUUUCGGCUAUAGAAAUAUAGAAACCGUUCAUUUAUUUUUAAACUUUGGUUUCAGGUUUCGUCUUUCAGUUUGGUUUUUGGUUCGGUUUUUAUGCCUAGGCCUAACGUAAAUAUUACAAUGGGAUCUAGGAGGACGAAUCCGAAAACCAGCAAAUCCAUAAAAAUCCGACACAACCCCAAAUGGGUAUCUAAAACUCAUGCCUAAUAAAAACUUUGAAAAAUGUAUAAUGAUUUAGCAACUAGGCUGGUCUUAACCGAGAAAGCCUUAUCAACAACUUGAUUCUUAUUUUUAAAGAAACACAUUACCUUAACUUAUAUUUUGUCUUGCAUGUUCAGGUACUGGUUCCGGGAGAUGGAGGCUACCUUAGAUCUGUCGCCGUCGAUUUCUUUUCGGGAGGUGGAAGCUUACUCAGAUUCACCGUCGCCGGUUCUAGCUUCCGGGAAGGGGAGACUCACUUAUCUCCGCCUUCGCCGGCUUUUGGUCACGGAGAGUGGAGGCUCGCAAAGCUCCGCGCUGCCGUCUUUGGGUCCCUUAAUUUGUUUCGGGUUAUUUUUUCCUUCUUGUUCGGUUUCUGGGUGGUGUUGGUUGUUGUGCUUGCCUUCGCGGUUGUGUUUGUGUCUAGCGGAAGAGCUUUCAGAGGAAGAUGAUGCUCUCCGAUAAAGAAGACGAGGACAAGUGAAGAAAGAAGAGUUUGGUUUCGAGAUCGCGAUGGUCGCAAUGGAGUUCUCGGUCCAGUGUGAUCCGGUGAAGUUGCAGAGUUAGUGUGGCCGUGUCGGUGAUUACAGCGCGGCAUACUGCUGCUAGGGUUUUCGCCUGGUUUGCGCUGUAGACCUAUUAGGGUUGUUGUGGAAAUUUAGUCCGUUUAUUUUGGGCUCUUUUUUUUUGUUCCUUGUAUUGGUGACAUUCUCGUUAAGCCUGGUUUUUUAUCAAAUCUUUAGUGGAAAAAAAAAAAAGAGAACAAAGACUUACAAAUCUCCAAAGAAGAACGUACCAAGGAAAGGACGAAAGAAAUAAAACACCUAGCAUCAAAAACGCAAACUCGUAUACAUAAUUAAUCAUUGCGCAUAAUUAUUUCUCCAAGAAACUGUUAACAACUCAAAAUUUUGAAUGAAAUAAUUAACCGUUAGCGAAUAAACCAAAAACUAAUAGUUGACAUUUAGUACUACCAUUAUUUGUCCAUUUUUCCUUAUUUUAUGAAGUUAAUGAUUAGUUAGAAAAUAAAUAUGCGUACAUAUAUAAUACUUGAGUAUUAAAUAUACAGACUGUAAAUAUUUGGGAAAUAAAAAGCUCAUGUUCAUGUUAAGAGAUCCAUAUAAAUUUUCAAGCCAAGCACUCAAGAACACCACGUCUAUUUUAAAAAGCCCUUUAUCAAAAAAAAAAAAAAAAACACCACGUCUAUUUCUUAAAAAUCAAGUUCAUAAGUAUUUUACGUAACCAAUAUACCAAAUGUUUACCCUUAACUGGAGUUCUUCUACAAAUACUUUAUGGAUGUGUCUUUAUAUAUAAUAAUGUUUUCUAUACUAAAUACUUAAGAAAACUAAAUCCGAUAACACAUUAAUGAGUUUUUUUGAUAUUGGCAUGUGCGUGUAAAACAUUACAAGACAAAUACAAAUGCAUCGUAUUACUCGUAUUGUUGAUGCACAACAUAUGGUUGUCUAAAGCAGAGAUCAAUGCCAUGUAUGUUGCAUCACCUCUAGAUAACUUUGGAUCAAUGCUUUAUACAAUCAUAUGAUGUACGCAUCAGCAAGGCGAUGCAUUGUAUUGUCUUGUAAUGUUUUAUAUGUUCAUACAAAAAAACUUAAAGUUAUUGGAUUAGAUUCAGUAUAUAGAGCAUUACCAAAACACAUCCAAAUAGGAAUCAUAAAAACUAUUCUAGUUAUGUUCAAGUUAAACAUUCUUCUCAACUCAGAUUUUAGGAAAUGGAUUAUUGAUCUUGAGUUGAAAACUUAUACUCCCUCUGUUUCAUUACCUGUCGUUUAAAGUUUUUGCAUACGAAUUAAAAAAAAAAGAUUAAAUUUUCUGUUUUACACCUAGUUAAUACAUAAUUUUGUUUGAUUUUUUUUUUAAAUAAUGAGGUAAAUGUAAGGAUAAAAACUAGAAAAAAUAUUUAGUAUUUAUAAAACGACACUUAUUAUAAAACAAAUUUUAAAACUAAAAUGACACUUAAUAUGAAAACAAGAAAAUAUGAAUUAUAACGGUGAAAAUGAGAUUUUAUUCUUCAAGUGUAUUGAAUAUAUUUAAUACUCAAAUAUUGUAUAUGCAUAUUUAUACCUCAAUUGUGGUACUACCAAGUAACCGUAGCCCCAUUAUUUUUCUCUUAAAGAAUGGAUUCUAUAAUGACAUCGGAUGUUGAUAUUACCAAAUUUAUUUGUAUUAAUCAAUAACAUAUAUAGUCUUAUAAAGAAAUAACAAGAGAGUAUAUACCUAACUUGAUGUCAAAAAAUAGAUAAGCAAGCAUAUACCUAAUAAAGAUGCCGAGCGUCACAUUCUAUAAAUUCCCUAACAUUUCUGCACUUAAACCAUCUCUUCUAUCUCUCACCCAAGCUACUCUAAUUCGGCGACAAGGUGAGCAUAUAUAAUAUUGUAUGGAAAAUCUCUUUUGCUUUACAAAAAUCUGUUGUUGUAAUCUAGUAAUGUCUAGGUACUUAUGUUUGUUGAAAAGAAGAAAAAGGUACUUAACAUGUUUUCUCUUAUUAAACACAUGCGUUUCUUUAACGCCUUUCUUUUAGACGUGAAACCCCUAAUAAAGAGUCAAACUAGUUUUUCCCCCUCCUUUCCGACAGGAGGAUCUGAUGUGUCCACAUUACAGUAAUCAUAUUUGCAAGAAAAUAUAUCAACAAAAAGUAUUAACGUUUAGUAUGUGAAAGUAGGAGAGACGAGCAAAGCUGAGAUGGCUGAACAACAACUAGGAGUGCUGAAGGCACUCGAUGUUGCGAAAACGCAACUUUACCAUUUCACGGCGAUUGUCAUCGCCGGAAUGGGUUUCUUUACAGAUGCUUAUGAUCUGUUUUGCGUCUCCUUGGUGACCAAGCUUCUUGGCCGCCUCUACUACUUCAAUCCGUUGUCAGAAAAGCCUGGCUCACUUCCCCCUCAUGUCGCGGCUGCAGUCAAUGGUGUGGCUCUCUGUGGGACUCUUGCUGGUCAGCUAUUCUUCGGAUGGCUCGGUGACAAACUCGGAAGGAAAAAAGUGUAUGGUAUCACUUUGAUAAUGAUGAUUGUGUGCUCUGUGGCUUCCGGUCUCUCUUUUGGUAACAAAGCGAAGGGUGUCAUGACCACUCUUUGCUUCUUCAGGUUUUGGCUGGGAUUCGGUAUUGGAGGUGAUUACCCUCUUUCUGCGACCAUUAUGUCUGAAUACGCUAACAAGAAGACUCGUGGUGCUUUCAUCGCUGCCGUGUUUGCUAUGCAAGGUGUUGGUAUCUUAGCCGGAGGUUUCGUGGCACUUGCUGUCUCUUCCAUUUUCGACAAAAAGUUUCCAGCUCCGACCUAUGCAGUCAACAGGGCUCUCUCAACGCCUCCACAAGCUGACUAUAUUUGGAGAAUCAUCGUCAUGUUUGGCGCUCUACCUGCAGCUUUGACUUACUACUGGCGUAUGAAGAUGCCCGAAACUGCUCGUUACACCGCUUUGGUUGCAAAGAACAUCAAACAGGCUACACAAGACAUGUCCAAGGUCUUACAAGUGGAGCUUGAGAUGGAGGAAAGAGCAGAGAAUAUCAUUACAGACCCUAGACUUAACUAUGGCUUGUUCUCCAAAGAGUUUGCCAAACGUCAUGGUCUUCCCCUCCUUGGAUGUACCUCCACAUGGUUCUUGCUAGACAUUGCAUUUUACAGCCAAAACUUGUUUCAAAAAGAUAUCUUUUCGGCUAUUGGAUGGAUCCCAAAGGCAGCAACCAUGAACGGAAUCCACGAGGUUUUCAUGAUUGCUAGGGCACAAACACUCAUUGCACUUUGCAGUACCGUCCCCGGCUAUUGGUUCACGGUUGCAUUUAUUGAUAUUAUGGGAAGGUUUGCGAUUCAGCUAAUGGGUUUCUUCAUGAUGACCGUCUUUAUGUUUGCGAUUGCCUUCCCUUACGACCACUGGAUCAAACCGGACAAUCGUAUCGGUUUCGUUGUUAUGUACUCACUCACCUUUUUCUUUGCUAACUUUGGACCAAAUGCAACCACUUUCAUUGUCCCAGCUGAGAUAUUCCCGGCCAGGCUAAGAUCGACGUGCCAUGGGAUAUCAGCUGCGACAGGCAAGGCUGGAGCCAUCGUGGGAGCUUUCGGGUUCCUAUACGCAGCUCAGUCACAGGACAAGACCAAGACGGAUGCAGGAUAUCCACCGGGCAUCGGAGUCAAGAACUCUCUGAUCAUGCUUGGUGUCAUUAACUUUGUCGGUAUGCUCUUCACCUUCCUUGUCCCUGAACCCAAGGGAAAGUCCCUUGAAGAGCUCUCCGGUGAGACUGAGGUUGAGAAAUGAUUAAGCUGUCAUAUUGUCAAUUAUUUUUGUUGUUUCCGCUUAUUUAAAUCUUCUUGUGCAAUUUACUGUUUUUUUUUCCGAUGGGUGAUGUGAUGUUUGUAUUUUGUAAUUGUUCACCUCUGCGUUUGUUUUUUUGUGAAAGAUCAAUCAAUACUUGGUUGGCAUUGUUAUGGAGUUGAUUGCUUACUUUUGUAACACGAUAUGUUUAUAUUUCGUUAAUACAUGUCUACCUCUUGCAUAACAACGAUAUGUUUAUGACCAUUUCAAACAUUUUUUGUACAUAGCUGAACAAAGUCUCCAUAUAAAAUUCUCAAAAAUCAGUUUACAAAGAGAAACUAAUAAAUAACGUAACUUAAAUUAAACAAUAUCAUACACACACAGAUAUUUAAUUGGUUUGAGUUGGAUCGACUGAUUUUAAAAUAUUUACUAUGGAUAUAUGAUGGCAACUAAGUUCAACUUUAUAUAUUAAAUUGAAUACAUCUCCAUAAGUUCUUCCGAAUAUCCUAUGUUUUUCGAAUAUGCUUUGUUUUAAUAAUGGUUUUGACUUUUGCUAAUUGAUGAUUAAUCUUCAUGCCUAUAUGUAUCCAGAUUGUCACUCCUCAAAUGUCAACUGUUAGAGUUGAACGAUUCCAUCCAAAAAAAAAAAGAUGAAGAAAUUUGUAACUACUCGACUUAUGUUGACAUUAGGAUAGCUUAUAAUCCAAAUUCCAAACAAAACGGUUAAUAAUAAGAACUUUUACCACUCCUUAUUUGAAUUAAAUUGCAUCAUAUAUUGCAUAAGAGGAAAUUUUACUUUUUCAUUUUCUUAAGUAUUCAACUUUACCACCAAUCAAACGAUAUUUUCAUAAAUAUUACAUUCGUUAAUAUGUAAAAUACUAAACUAAAUUUACUUUAUCUUCAAAUGCAAUAAUUUCAAAGUUGGAAUCAAACAUAUAUAUAUAUAUAUAUAUAUAUAUAUAUAUAUUAAUUGGUCAUUAUUGGUUACAAAUAGUGUCAUUUAUGUUUGUAAUAUCCAACGGGACAAACUACAAAUUUCGUCACUUAAAUUAGAGAUAAGUUGCGAUAUUAUCAUUUUUAUCUAGACUUCGAACUAAUACAAAUUCUUUUAAUAGAUGCUACAUAUACUAGGGAUCAGGUGAAGUAAUUUAAGUAUAGAUCAUAAUCUUUCAAUACAUGUGUAGAGUAACUAAUAAAAAUUGUCAAGUUUAUCAAAAUUUGAAGUUUGUGUUAAUUUUAAUGUUAAAGUCACACAAAUAUGAAAUGUUUGUUCAGCUCAAAAUAGAUGACUUGUGAAUCUGUAUAAAAAUUUUAACCAACCGAUAUUUACAAAUUACAUACAUUUUAAUUGAGAAGGCAUAAAGAAAAGAGGAAUGGUGCUGGGGACCUCUUUUCUGAGUUUAAUACGCAGAUCUAACUGUUUUCGAAAAUAAUAAUAGAAACUAGCUUUUUUUAUAUGUAUUUUUAAAAACCGCAUUUGCAUGCAAUUUUAUUUAUAGCAGUAUACAUUUACCAUAAAUAGUAAUAAUGUCCUCUCAUGUCCCACUACACAGAAUACUAUUUAUAAGCUUUCAUGUCCCAGAUACUAAUUUUCAUCUUAGAUUCAUUUCCAUCAUCAAUGUAUUUAUGUACCUGCGAUUUUAUCAUUUUGUGUUUCUCAUAAGGGGUUGGGGCCGUUCCGUAAUAACUCGUUGGGAGCUAGCUACUCUGGAGACGACUUGAGAAAUCCCGGCAUCCGAGGAAACAAGAAGAACCUUACCUUUUUGGGAUCAUCGUCAAUAGUAGAGAACAGUAACCAAUUCUAGAGAAUUUCGAAAAACGGACUAGCAGAAUGUGUCGGGUUUAGAGGGCGGGCGAAGCUAGUUUGUAAUAGUUUAACUUUGGAAAUUUUGUUCAAAACCUGUUUGUAACCGAAUCUAAUUCCCGAUUUCGGGUUGAAUUAAUAUAU